CAACUUCAACUAUAACAAUCCAUUCUCACGUACAUAAGCAACUCUUCCAGUAUCCCCUUUGCGAUUUUUUUCUCUUCCUUUCCUUUAACCACGGCUGCACGAUGUUCCUCUACGUGUUCGGGCUGCUGUGGGGUACAGUGCAACGAGAACUUACCGGAACCCUUCUGUGGAUUGCCAUCGUUGCCGCGAUCGUACGUUUUGCACAGACCUGGAGGGACACCCUUGAUUUACCACCUGGACCCAUCGGACUACCAGUUAUUGGACUUUUGCCAAAAGCCAAAGGAAAUUAUCAUGAUUUUUUUACAUCGUUGGCGAAAAAGUAUGGAUCACUAUACUCGACCAGAUUAGGAAGUCAAUUGAUCAUCGUUCUCAGCGAUUACAAAUUAAUCAGGGAAGCUUUCCGAAAAGAAGUUUUCACCGGCAGACCAAUCAAUGAAUUUACAAACAUUUUAGGAGGUUAUGGAAUAAUAAACACCGAAGGUAAACUUUGGAAAGAUCAACGAAGAUUCAUCCACGAUCGUCUCAGACAAUUUGGAAUGAGUUACAUCGGUUCCAGAAAAGCCCAAAUGGAAAGCAGAAUCAUGCGAGAAGUUGAUUCGUUCUUAUCAUUUUUGCGCUCGUCCAAAAACGAAGCCAUCGAUCUCAAUCAUCACUUCCAAGUGGCUAUAUCAAACGUGAUCUGCGAUAUCAUCAUGUCGGUGAGGUUCUCUCACGAUGAUUCGAGAUUCAAACGGAUGAUGAAUUUGAUUGAGGAGGGAUUCCGCCUUUUUGGCUCAAUCGAUUUGGUGCAAUUUAUCCCGCUGAUGAAGUAUCUCCCGAAAUCGAGGAAUAUUCGCCAAAAAAUUUCUGAGAACAGGGCGGAAAUGGGAAUUUUUUUACAAGAGACGAUUGAUGAUCAUCGAAAAAGUUUUGAUCCCACGAAAAUUAGGGAUUUAUUGGAUGCCUAUUUGUUGGAAAUUGAGAAGGCUAAUGAAGAAGGAACCGGGAAGCAUUUAUUUGAAGGAAAAGAUCAUGAUCGUCAAAUACAACAAAUUAUGGGUGAUCUCUUCUCAGCGGGAAUGGAAACUAUUAAAUCGACGCUUCAAUGGGGAGUCCUUUUUAUGCUGCACAACCCCAAAUGGAUGAAAGCAGUCCAAGAUGAGCUUCGGGCAGUCGUUGGGCAUAAAAGGUUACCAACUUUAGAAGACUUGAAGUAUUUGCCACUUACAGAAGCGACCAUCUACGAAAUUUUAAGAGUCUCCAGUGUGGUCCCAAUGGGAACAACUCAUUCCCCAAUAAGAGACGUCAACAUGAGUGGUUACAAAUUCCCACGACAAUCACAAGUCAUUCCACUUUUAAGGGCUGUCCAUACUGACCCAAACCUAUGGGACCGACCCGAAGAGUUUAACCCGAUGAGAUUCAUCACGGCAGAAGGAAAAGUGACGAAACCAGAAUAUUUCAUGCCAUUCGGAGUUGGGAGAAGAACGUGUUUGGGCGAAGUUUUAGCCCGAAUGGAAUUGUUCCUAUUUUUCUCAAGUUUGCUUCACUGUUUCGACCUCGAGGUACCAUCGGGUGAGGAUUUACCCAGCCUGGAAGGUUUUUACGGAGUCACCAUCACACCGAGACCGUUCAAAAUCUGCUUAAAAGAAAGGCGAGUCGAAUGGGACGACAUUCAACCCGUUAAAACACACGGGUUUCAUUGAAGAAAAUAGAAAUUAUUUUGUUUUUCGAAAUGUUCCUAUAGAAACGGUCUAAAAAAGGUGGAAAAGAAAUUUCUAAAACACAUUUCAAUAAAAUUAAGAGGAUUGACAUCAUAUUGAGGUGAUUCGAGGUGUUUUACUCAAUUUAAGUUAAAUUGAGGUGUGCUUUAGACGAUUUAAGGCGUGUUUUUUGAUGAAGAGGUGUAAAAAGGCGUGGUUAAAAUUUUUGAAUAAAAAAAGGGAAAUAUUGACGAUUAGGGUCGCGGGCGAUCCAACCACUUGAACGGGCUGUGCGAAUAGUGUUCACGUAUUAGGGGCGGGCGGGGCAAGCUAGUCAGAAAGGGGCGUGGCAACCAUCACUUGUAACGUAUCGUUACCGAAUCGAGUUCAUAUUUUAGUUAUUGUACUAUACAUACUAUUUUUUUUUAUUAGGUAUUUUUUUAUCGCGUAAAAAAUUACCGUUUUUUUAUUAAAAAAAAAAGACAGAAAAUCGGCGGUAAAAAAAUAGAAAGAACGUUACCUUUUUUUUUUUAUUAAUUAUUUUCAAAACCGUUUUCGCUACACUUUUGUAUUAUAUAGUUACCUCGCGAGUUGUUGAUUUUAAUUUAAAAACAAAAAGAAUGUUAACGAACGAUAUUUUUUU